CAUUAGGCAGCGGUCAUGACUAACGUGGAAAGAGCUUUUGUUUAAGCAAAAUACUCAUUAAACAAAUUAAAGCAGGAAAGGAGGAAAAAAAAAAAGGUAAAAGAAAGAGAAAAAUAAAUGUUGGGACUUGGGAGGAGAAUUGCUAAAAUGCGCCAGUGAUCAGCACCUUCUGCUUUGGAUGCUUCUCUCAUGCUACUGGGCUCUGUCCUUGGAUGUCAAGCUCACUUGCUUGCCACUUCUUUCUCUUACUCUUAGAAAAGCUAACCAAAGCAAAGAUCUUUCAGGUUUCUUUCUGGUAGGGAGUUUUACAGCUUUUUUGAACAGCAUUGCUCUCAUUUCCCUUCUAUUGUGAGUAUUGACGUUUCCAAACCCAGAACCAUAUGAUCCUUGUUUCAGUAAUAGGUUAAAGUAGAGAAGGCGAAUACUUUUGUGGUCCCUGAUUGAAAAGAUGGGCUGUGUUGCUUCAAGAAUCGAUAAAGAAGGAAGGGUGAAGGUUUGUAAGGAGCGGAAAAUGCUUAUGAAACAAUUGGUGGGAUAUAGAGGAGAAUUUGCAGCUGCCCAGUUUGCAUAUUUAAGGGCAUUGAGGAAUACUGGUGUAACUCUUAGACAGUUUACUGAGUCAGACUCGUUGGAACUUGAGAAUAUCUCUUAUGGCUUGAUAUUGCCUCCUCCUCCACCGCCACCUUCUUUUGGCCCUGAUUUUAGAAAGGCUGUUGACAGUAAUAAAGGAGAAGCUGCCCAAGAAGAAAGCAUAGAGAUUAAUCAGGGAGAGGAGCUUGUUGAAAAUACUGCAGUAAGUCCUCUGCCUGAGAAGCCUCACCCUGGGGAAAUUGUUGAUGAUAACUCAUCAAUGAUGAGCUGGUAUAAUAAAGACUCUCCAGAUGCGGCCAUGGUAGUAUGGAAGAACAAUACUUUGGAGGGAAUUAUAAAGGAGUUAGAUGACUAUUUUCUUAAAGCAUCAGCUGGUGGGAAGGAAAUAGCUGUUUUUACAGACAUCAACAUAGGGGACAAUUCUGUUCCAUGGAAACUCAACGAAAACAAAAGGAAAAGGAGCAACUCUGCAAACGUUUUUAGUGCAUUGUCAUGGAGUUGGUCUUCUAAGUCCCUUCAGUUUGCAAGAUAUUCUCUUCAAUGUGGAUCUAGUGAUCCAUGCAUGCCUGGAGCUCAUUGCAUUACUCUUGAUAAGCUAUAUGAUGCAGAGCAGAAGCUUUACAAGGAAAUAAAGGAAGAAGAAAUUACCAAAUUGGAGCAUGAAAGGAAAUUGAUGUUGCUGCAAAAGCUAGAUGAAAACCAUGACCAGACCAAGACUGAGAAAAUCCAAUCAAGUGUUGAGAAUCUCGAGACUGACAUAAGACGCCUGCAACAUUCAAUAAGUAUAAAUCGUUCAUCUAUAUUGAAGCUCAUUGAUGAGGAGCUUUACCCCCAGCUGGUGGCAUUAACUUUGGGGCUGAUGGACAUGUGGAAAAUGAUGUAUAAAUCACACCAAGUUCAGAACCAUAUUUCACAGCAGUUGAAUCAUCUGACUGAUAAUUUAAACGUGGACCUGACUACUGAAUCCCAUCGUCAGGCUACAGCUCAGCUUGAAAGUGAGGUUUCUUUCUGGUACCACAGCUUCUGUAAACUCAUAAAAUCUCAGCAAGAAUAUGUAAGAACGCUCUGUAGGUGGAUCCAACUCACUGAUUGCCUUGCGGAUGACCACCAGCAGAACCGAUGCUUAUCUGCAGUUAGUAGGAUCUGCGAAGAAUGGCAGCUUGGUUUUGAAAAUUUGCCUGAUAAGGUGGCCUCAGAGGCCAUUAAGAGCUUUUUGUUGGCCAUCCAAUCAAUAAUCCGACAGCAGGCUGAGGAGUACAACCAGCAAAAAAAAUGUGCUAAGCUUGAGAAAAGGUUGCAGAAGGAGUCAACCUCAUUGACUGAGAUGGAGAAAAAGGUCGAGCGAAGUGUAGCAGCUUCAGACAUGAACUCCACUCUGAGCCCCAAGCAUCCUUUAUCAGUGAAGAGUGCCAAAACUGAAGCUUUAAAGAAGCGAGUCGACAUGGAGAAGGGCAAACAUCUGAACUCAGUCCAAGUUUGCAAGACAAUGACUUUAAACAAUCUGAAAACUACGCUUCCCAAUGUAUUUAAGGCAUUAAUGGGAUUCUCAAAAGCUUCUGCUCUGGCUUUUGAGGCCAUUCAUGGCCACACUUAUACCAAAAUUCCUUGUAAUGAAUCAGAAACUCAAGAAACUAAAUUUGAGUGAAUUCUGGAAUUGUACGAAAUGCUUUGCGGCCGGAAUUGUCACUACUCAAUAUGUGAAUGAGCUGAACAGAGGGAGAGAAAGCGAGAGUACAGGGUCUUUGCUAAUUAUUAUUAUUAUUAUUAUUAUUAGGCUGGUUUUGUUAAUUAUCAGGAUGUUGACUUUUGGAAAUGUGCCUUCUUUUCUGUUGAAGUCUUAAAGA